GGAUUCUCAGCAAGCGGGAGGGAUCUACCAUCGGGGCCGGGGGGGGGGGUUGCGGUCGAGCCGGUCCAGACGGAAUUCCCGGCUCUUUCGCCGCCUUUGCUCCGCGUCCGUCUCAGGAGAGGCGCCGCCGGCCGAUUCCUCGGAGCUCCUUCCAGCGGGGCAGGGGCGCCGGGAGGUCCUCUUGGCUGGCCGGAGGGCUGGGACGAGCCUGGCGGCGGGCGGGGCGAGCGAGCGAGCGAUCCGGAGCGACAGGCUGCCCGGGAAGCCGAGCUGUCCGCGGGCGGUUGGUACCUGCAAAAGAAACUCCCGGCGUGGGAUUGGGCCCGGCUUGGUUUCUGCAGGAGUUCCUUGCUCCCAGCUGGAGGCCCAGGCCGUCUCCUGGUUUCUGCUGCCACCUGCUUGGCACAAGUGGCCCCUUCCAGCCGCUCCUUGGCAUUCAGUCUUUCUUUGGACUUCAGGUUCCUCAAAGCUCUUUCCCACUCGGCAGGACCUGAGGAAAUGAAGCCCCCAGUUGCGUACCAGAAGCUCAAGACACCAGAGAGCCCUCAGGAGUUGCUGCCCCUGGCUGAGCAGCCCGGGCAGACACUGCGCCAGUUCCAUGGCUCUGUCCUGGGGAGGCCCUGCCACAGCAUCUCUGCGUUGCGUCCUGCAGAACCACCCAGCCAGUCUACAUCCAUCCUGCCCUGGGAUUUCCAGUGCAUGCUGGUGACGGCCAUUUUGUCCACUGUGCUGGUGGUGGCCCUGGUGGUCCACUCCUUCUUCUUUCCCUUGCACAGUUUGGCCACAUUAGGGAAUGUGCCAUUGUUCCCACAUGUGGAUCCCGGGUGCAGCGACUCAUGCAGGAGUGUGCUGGUGGAGAGCAUCCCUGAGGGAGUGAUCUACGAUGACAACAGCACAGUCGCUCUUUCGACAUUUGAGACUUGGCAAAGCCUUCUGAGAAACGCCAGGAGCUCGGUGGACAUUGCCUCUUUCUAUUGGACUCUCAGCAACCAGGACACCCACACCCACAACCCUUCAGCCAGCCAGGGGGAGGAUGUGCUGACAGAGCUGCUGCAUGCGACCAGUCGAGGGGUUGUGUUGCGGAUCGCAGUUAACCCACCUUCUGCCCGGAUACCCAGUACCGACCUUCAGCUCCUGGAGAAGAGCGGGGCCCAGAUCCGCCAAGUGGACUUGCCCAGGCUGACCCGGGGAGUCCUGCACAGCAAAUUCUGGAUUGUGGACCAGCUGCACAUUUAUCUUGGGAGUGCAAAUAUGGACUGGCGUGCCCUUACGCAGGUGAAGGAGCUCGGGGUAGCUGUCUACAACUGCAGCUGUCUGGCCCAGGACUUGGGGAAGAUAUUUGAAGCCUACUGGGCCCUUGGGCUACCGAACGCCACCAUCCCAUCACCCUGGCCGGCCAAUUACUCCACCCCCUACAACAAGGAGACACCCCUAGAGCUGAAGCUGAAUGGCAGAGAGGCUGCUGUCUACUUUUCGAGUGCCCCCCCAGCCUUGUGUGCCCCCGGGCGGACGGCCGACCUCCAGUCCCUGCUGAGUGUCAUCGAAGGGGCCCAGGAGUUUGUCUAUGUGAGCGUGAUGAGUUACUUGCCCACCAUGGAAUUCUCCCACCCCAGGAGGUUCUGGCCAGCCAUCGAUGACCACUUCCGGAAAGUGGCCUACGAGAAAAGAGUCCGCCUCCGCCUCCUGGUCGGCUGCUGGAAACACUCCAAGCCAAACAUGUUCCCCUUCCUGCGCUCCUUGGCUGCCCUGCAGGACAAUCACACCCACUACAGCCUGGAAGUGAGGCUCUUUGUGGUGCCAGCAAAUGAGACGCAGGCCAAGAUCCCCUAUGCCAGAGUGAACCACAGCAAGUUUAUGGUUACAGACAAGGUGGCUUACAUUGGAACCUCCAACUGGUCCGGGGACUAUUUCCUGCACACGGCAGGCUCUGCCCUGGUGGUGGCUCAGGGCCCGGCCGGGGAGCAACCCACCCUCCGGGAGCAGCUGCAGCACAUCUUUGAGCGGGACUGGGACUCCAGAUACAGCCGCCAGCUGGACCCGCAGGGCCCGUGGGAGGCUCUCUGCAGUGCCCGCUAGGCCCCGCCUGGCGCCCCCCAACGCGCGCGCGGGCGGAGGGAGGGGGGCCCUGGCGGGCUGGGGGGGGGGC